AUGAUUUUUGUCCUUUCGGCUCUCGCAACUCUGGUUCUGCUUAUUUUAGUUCUUUUUCUGGUGAAAAGUGAGUUUUUGGAAGGUUGGAUUGAAGGUAAUUGAAACCUAUAAGGGAUAAUUAAAAUUUUUUGAAAAUAUUUUCUUAUUUUUUUAAAAGAAAUAAAGUUUUAAAUACGUAUUCGUUGGUUAUUUUUUUCUAGUUUAGAAAGGAAGUUUUGCGGAAAGGUUGAGAGGGAGAAACAUUAAGCUGAUAAGGGUUUUUACCUGUAAAAAGGUCAUUUAAAAGUGUUUUUUUGCGAUAUUUUUUUUUCAUCUAAAAUUUUUUUGACGACUUUUUUUCAUGACCCGAAUUUUGCUCUAGACAACUUUUUAUUAAAUUAAAUUUCAAUAUUUGGAAAAAGUUUUGAGUGAGGAAAUUCAAGCUUAUAAGAUCUUUUUUCUUAUCGGAACAAGUUCAGCUUAUUUUUUUAUAAUCUAAUCAAUAGGGUAGUUUUUUUUUGAUAAAAAAAGAUCGUUAUAUCUUUGAUAGAAAAUUGCAUGCACAAAAAAAUCGCGAAAUUCAAUCGACCAGUCGAUUAAGACUUAUAAGGAACAGAGGGUUUCUCGCCUUUCGAAUCCGAGAAAAAAAUAAUUUUUAGACCUUUUUCAUUUAUUUGGUUUUUUUCUAAGUUUGAUUAGACUAAACCGACAAAUUCUUUAAUUUCUGUUUUUUUCAGUAGGAGCCGUGCGAACGUGGAGUCUGAAAGAAUCAAAAAAUCAUGAAAGUUCAGGUGAUUUUUUUUCCUGAAAAUCUUUUCAAAUUUCGCAAAUAUUUUUAGAAGUUGCUCGAACAUCAACAUUAGAAGAUCCCAAGGAAAAAUCUUGAAAAAUAGAGGUACGAUAUUUUAUAAAAACAAAAACAAUUGUUUUCAGAAGCCUCUGAAAAAUCGGAAGACGGCUCCAAAACGGAGAAUCUUGAAAAAUUCAGGUGUUCAAAAAAAUACAAAUUUCAAAUUUUAUAAAAGCAAAUCUUCAGAAUCUCUCGAAAUAUCCUCUUGUCCCCUACAAACCAGAAGAUCGCUGUGAAAAAUCUUGAAAAACCGAGGUAUUUCUCGAUUAAAAAAAUAAUCAAAUCAAUUUUUUUAGAACUUGUUGAGGAAUCAGGUGACGACACUGCAGUGGCAAUUUUCAAGGAAAAUCUUGAAAAAUUCAGGUUUUUUUAAAUUUAAAAAAAGAAAAGGACUGAAUUUUUUUCCAGAAGUCGUUCAGAAAUUAGCCGGGGGCUUCAAACCUCAAGAUAGUUUUGAAAAUGAAGGUAAUAAUUGAUUUUUUUAAUUACGUGGAAUUUUCUCGAUUCAAAAAUGAAUUUUUUUAGAAGCCGCCGAUGUUGAAGAGCAAUCCACAGCCUUUUUCCCUGAAUCACACUCAAAUUUAGGUGAGAUUCGCGGACCCAAAUUAUUUUUAAUUAAAGCUCUUUUUUCAGUGGGCUAUGAAGAAGAUCAAAAAUCAAGUUCCAAGUCUAUUUCUUCACAGAAAAGAGAGGAGGAGCCAGGUUUCGAAACAGAUUGAGAAAUUGAGAAAAUGAGGCUUUUUUGUUCAGAAAAAGAGGAGCUGAAAGAUGAGUCAUCCUGCAAUAAUUCGGAGAAAAUCGACGAAAAUGGAGAGCGCAGUGAAGAAGGUAAUGGAAAGAGUUCGGAAAAUUGAUUACUGGUGAAAAAAAUAUUUUUUUAUUUCCUUCUAUUUUUCAAUUCAUACUAUAGAGUACAAAUCUAUGAAAACCUUCAAACAUUUCACUUUUUGGAAAAUUUUUUUUUAAAAAUCAUCAAGUCAUUAAAUUGUAUGAUUCCAAUAGAAAUAAUUUCAAUUAGAAAAAAAGUUUUACCUUCUAGCAUUUUUUUAUAAAAAAAUUAAUAUGUAUAUAAUUUCAAAAACUCAGUUCAAUCUCUGUGAAAAAUUUUUUUAGUUGCCUUUAUAGGGUUUUGACGUUUUAGUAGCCCCUGUAGUAGUUAAAUUAGUGGCCACUUGAGGGGUUAAAAAAAUUAGUGGCCACUAUAGAGGGUCUAGAUGGUACUACUAGACCACAAAAAUUUUAGUGGCCACUUUUAAGGGGUCAAUGGAUUAACAUAACUGGUCCUAUCUGUUUCUUCUAAAAUUAUCAGAGUUACUGUAAAGAAUACUGAAUGAAAAAAACUACUGAAGUGGCCACUAAAACGGAAAAUAGAGGCCACUUCAGUGUCUUCUCCAAGUAGUCCUUGGCGAGCCUCUACAGUGGCCACUAAAAACUUUCCCAGUUGAUUCUUUUUUUGGGAAAAAAACACUUAUUUUUCAGUUCUCCUUUAUUUUUCCAUUCUUGAACUUUGUUCUCACCUUUUUUUGAAUGAAAAAAAUGGCAGUAAUCAUAUAGAAUCUAACGAUUUUUCGACCUUUAUGCACGCUAUCCCCAAAUAACAUAUUUUUAAUCCUUUUUUUCCCCUUUUUUUUUCUUCACUAAAUCUCUUUUUCAGAAAAUUGCACAUUGGAGCGUGCUCCGGAUGUUGUUGAUACGAAUACUGCAGGUGUUCUUUUUCGAAAAAUAAAUGAGAUUUUAGUAAAAACGAAUAAAAUUAAGAAUCGGCUGAAAAUUUGAUGGAAUUGCGACGACGACGCGUUGAAAUGAAGGGAAUUGCUCAGAAAAUCGCCGAGGCCAAGGAGAAACAUAAGGUUUUUUUGAGAAUUAGGGUCUCGGAGCGUUUGAAAAUAGUUUAUUGGUGAAAAAUAAUAGAUAACUAUAGUCGGAGCUCUUCUGGAAUCAGGAAUUUUGAAAAAAUAUCUCCUCCUCCAAACAUUUUCCUAUGCUCCUUUGAACACAUGAGACAGAGGGACUCUCAAAAAGUUCAUACAUAACGAUUCAUAUUUACAAAAUGCGUAAAUUUCCAGGAAUUCGGCCAGAAAUUUACUAUUGGCAAUGCGAAAAAUGGAAUGAAUGAGGGCCUUUGA